CCCGGAUCUAGAAGCUUCCCUACAUACCGCAUCUCCAAUACCCCAUACAUAUUGUCCCGCCACCAGCACCGACAGUUUGUCGAACACCCUCCUUGCGUCGUCAACGAAACGAAACCUUUACAUAUUUCGCCUCGACAAGGACAAGAACAGCUCCCUAUAAUCACCACAACCAUGAGCGGCCCGCAAUACGCGCCAUCGCAGGGCCCCACAGCGGGGCAACACAGCGCCGGACCGCAGAACUACUACGGCAGCGCCGACGACCAGACGGCCAUGUACACGCGCGAGCCUCCGCAGUAUGCGGACGACGAGACGUUGCUUCGUGGCGGCGUGCCGCGCAGCAGCGAGGAUAAUAUUCCAGACGACUUCAAGUUCGGAGGCUGCGUCGCUGAGGGCACAAUUGAUAUCCGCCACGCGUUUAUUCGUAAGGUUUAUGCGAUACUCACGGUGCAGCUCCUCGCGACGGCGGUUCUCUCGGCGGUCUCGUUCUUCAGCGUCGGCUUCAAAGCAUGGAUCCAGAGCAAUACGUGGAUGAUGUUCGUGGCGAUGUUCGGCUCUCUCGGCUUCCUAUUCGCCACCUACUGGAAGCGCAAGUCGUACCCGACCAACCUGCUGUUCCUGUCAGGCUUCACGCUUCUCGAAGCGUACACCGUGGCCGUGAUCACGUCGUUCUACGACUCGCGCAUCGUGCUCGAGGCGGUCAUCAUCACCGGCGCGCUGUUCGUCGCGCUUACCCUGUUCGCCUGCCAGACCAAGUAUGACAUCACCGGCUGGCAGAGCUAUCUCUACGGCGGCCUGUGGAUGCUCAUCAUCUUUGGCUUCGUGUCGAUGUUCUUCCCCGGCACCUGGAUGGAACUCGCGUAUGCUGGCGCUGCGGCCCUGCUGUUCUCUGUGUAUAUCGUCGUCGAUACUCAGUUGAUCAUGAGACAUGUCCAUGUCGAGGAGGAGAUUGCCGCAGCGAUCUCCCUGUAUCUCGAUAUCAUCAACUUGUUCCUGGCCAUCCUGAGGAUCCUCAACUCCUCCAGCGAUAACUAAACGCAAGCCAGCGCCAUCGCGCCGCGUCGUCGUGGGAAUCCGAGAGAUUGAGAGUGGGAUGGGGAAGGGUGUUUGGGAGUCUGUUGGAAAUAACUGCUCAUUGAUUGAUUUUUGAUUUCGGUUCUGGCUCUGGUUCUGGUUUUGUCCGUCGUCGUGGUUCGUGGUUCGUAGUUCGUGCUGCCGAUGUGUGCAGCUGCACUGCACCAUGGCCGCACUCGCUUCUGCCCUUCUGUUUUCUUUUUCUUUCCUUUUCCUUUUUGUUUUCUUUUUCUCUCUUUUAGUGCCACAAUAUAACGAGCUGUUUUAUCUGCGUGGUGCUAUGCUAAAGUCUGCAUCGUGCGUUACGUCUGCCUGUAUUUGUACUGUAUGUAGUUUUGUAGUUUUGUUUCCUGUACUUGAUCUGAAUCGAAUCGAACCUGUUGAUUUUUUUGAUUUCGCCUGCCUGGGCCCUGCACGUCACUGUCA